CCCGUUUAAUGUCUUCCCUGUUUUCAGAGCCGACCACCAGCCAUGGCGACCAGAGGAGGAGUCGACAAAAAGCGUCGCUCGCGGUCCCGGGAGCGGAUUGAUCUAGAUCGCGACCGACGGGAUCGUUACCGCGAGCGUGAGUAUGAGCAGCGGGACCGCGAAAGAGAUCACAGGGACUACCGGGACCGUGAGCGGGGGAUGAGAGAACGUGACCGCGAAAGAGAACGGGAACGGGAGCGGCAACGAGACAAGAUCAUAGCAAGGAAGAGAUCCCGAUCUCGGGAAAGGGAUCGUGAGGAAACGAAGCGCAAAGAAGAGAAAGAUAAGAAAGACGAUGAUGUAGAGGAAGUUAAGAUUGAAGUUCCGAAGAAGGAGGAGAAGACUAAGAAGGAACCACUUUCGCUGGAAGAAUUGCUGGCGAAGAAGAAAGCGGAGGAGGAAGCCAGAAGUAAACCGGUGUUCAUAACGAAAGAACAGAGAGCGGCCGAAGCACUGAAGAGAAGACAAGAGGAAGUCGCUGCAAUGCGAGCAGGCGCCUCGGCUGCAGUUCCCAAGUUUGGAGAUGUCCCGGUGACGACCCUGUUGAAUAGGGAGAAGAAGGAUCCACUGGAGAAGUACGACAGACGGGAGCGGGAACGAGAGCGUGAAAGGGAAAGAGGAAGAGACCGAGAGAGGGAGAGAGAUGGAAAGGAGAAGGAUCGAGACGAUGAUAAGAGACGAUCCACAACGGAAGAUACGACCGUGAAGGAUAAGGAAAAGGAACAGGAAGCUAUCAGAGAGCGAUAUCUCGGUAUCAUUAAGAAGAAAAGAAGAGUUAGGAGAUUGAAUGACCGCAAGUUCGUCUUUGAUUGGGAUGCCGCGGAGGACACUUCCAUAGAUUACAACAAUCUGUACAAGGAACGUCAUCAUGUCCAGUUCUUUGGGCGAGGCAACAUUGCAGGAAUUGACAUCAAAGAUCAGAAGCGUAAGCAGAGCAAAUUUUAUGGAGAUCUUCUGGAGAAACGUCGAACGGAUGCAGAGAAGGAACAGGAGAAGGUACGACUGAAGAAGGUCAAGAAGAAGGAAGAUAAGCAAAAGUGGGACGAUCGCCACUGGUCCGAGAAGGAUUGCGACGAAAUGACUGAAAGAGAUUGGCGUAUCUUCAGAGAAGAUUAUAACAUAACGAUAAAGGGCGGAAAAAUUCCCAAUCCGUUCAGAAGCUGGAGCGAAACCGGAUUUCCCAAAGAAAUUCUGGACAUUAUCGAUAAGGUUGGGUACAAGGAACCAACUCCCAUCCAGAGACAGGCCAUCCCAAUUGGUCUUCAGAAUAGGGACAUCAUCGGUAUCGCUGAAACUGGUUCUGGUAAGACCCUGGCUUUCUUGAUUCCUCUCCUGACAUGGAUUCAGUCGCUUCCGAAGAUCGACCGCCUGGAAACGGCAGAUCAAGGUCCGUACGCAAUCAUUUUGGCUCCCACUCGAGAAUUGGCCCAGCAGAUCGAAGAAGAAACUCAAAAAUUCGGGCAACCCUUGGGCAUCCGAACGGUCGUCGUCGUCGGAGGUUUGUCCCGAGAAGAACAAGGCUUCCGGCUUCGAUUGGGUUGUGAAAUCGUCAUUGCCACGCCCGGUCGUUUGAUCGACGUCUUGGAAAAUCGCUACUUGGUACUCAAUCAGUGUACCUACAUCGUUCUGGACGAAGCCGAUCGUAUGAUUGACAUGGGUUUCGAACCAGAUGUCCAAAAGAUUCUAGAAUACAUGCCGGUGACCAAUCUCAAGCCGGACACCGAAGAAGCGGAAGAUGCUUCCAAGCUGAUGGAAAAUUUCAACACCAAGAAAAAGUACCGCCAGACGGUGAUGUUCACAGCUACUAUGCCUCCCGCCGUGGAACGACUCGCUCGAACAUAUCUCCGACGUCCAGCCACAGUCUACAUAGGUUCCGUGGGCAAACCGACCGAAAGAACCGAACAGAUCGUCCACAUCAUGACCGAAAACGAGAAACGCAAGAAGUUGAUGGAAAUCCUCUCGCGCGGAGUCGAACCCCCGUGCAUCAUUUUCGUCAACCAGAAGAAGGGCGCCGACGUGCUGGCCAAGGGCCUGGAAAAACUCGGCUACAACGCUUGCACGCUCCACGGAGGCAAAGGCCAAGAACAGCGAGAGUAUGCCCUGGCGUCGCUCAAGAACGGUUCCAAGGACAUCCUGGUGGCCACGGACGUGGCUGGUCGUGGUAUCGACAUCAAGGACGUCUCCCUCGUCAUCAACUACGACAUGGCGAAGACCAUCGAGGACUAUACGCAUCGUAUCGGACGAACGGGUCGUGCCGGAAAGACCGGUUGCGCCAUUUCGUUCUGCACCAAGGACGACAGCCACCUGUUCUACGACCUGAAGCAGAUCAUCGUGGCCAGUCCGGUGUCGGUGUGUCCACCCGAGCUGAUGAACCAUCCAGAUGCGCAGCACAAGCCGGGCACGGUGGUUACGAAGAAGCGAAGGGAGGAGAAGAUUUUCGCUUAAGUGUAGGUAAGUCGAACUGUAUUGAUGAGGACAGUUUUCCUUCUCUUCCAAUAAUUAUCGUCCAAACUAUA